CAGCCCGUGCUUUGCGUAGGUCGGUAGAGUUUUUCAGUUUUCACGAUUUUAAAGUUCUGCCUCACAAGUCAACUUCCUCUAGAGAAACCACACAGGAAACCUUAGUAGCUGAGCUCACCAUCGCUGCUUGUCAGGCUCUCAGAUCUGCAGACCUGGACCGUCUGACAGGACCCUGGGGUCUCUCCGAUGACAGAGGUCCAGGAGAAGGCAGGAGGCCUACCAGGGACAAAUUUGAGGGACGGCGUGCAAGACCUAGACAAGACCAGGCUUGGAGAUGAUGACAACACAGCUUUGAGAGGUCACACUCUUCGGGAAAUCUCACACCACCAAUAUGGGGUCCCGUAUUAAGGAGAGCCCAGAACGGAUCUUUGAAGGAUAUUUUGAGGUUCUGCGCCCCACCGACUCAGAUAAAGAAUCGGAGCUAAAAAGACAAUUUCCUGACCUUUUUGAUGACCAGGACUCAGUAACAACACUUACAAAGUUUUGCUUCCCUUUUGAUGUAAAAAGAUGGAAGAACUCAUCCGUCCAGCACUUCAGUUUCACGCUGACCGACCUCCAGGGCUACCAGCGCUUCGGCUUUUGUCGGCUGUCUGUAGAGGCGAAGAGCUGCACGUGUAUCCUCAGCUGUUUGCCGUGGUUUGAGCUUUUCUAUAAAUUACUCAACCAUAUCGCAGAGCACCUAGUAAAGGACCAGAUCAACGAGGUUACUCACAUUCUGCAGACUCUGUAUGACCACCCAGUGCCGGAGGUGAACAAGACUCUGGAUCUAGAGAUGUUUUCCUAUUUUGUGGCUCCGGAUCCUGCAAAGCUGCCAUCCAUUCCAGAAAAUAGAAAUCUCACAGAGUUCCUUGUUGCUGUUCAAGUGGACACAAUGUUGCAGUUAUAUUCCAGCCUGUUGUGUGAGCGGAGGAUCCUGAUUACAUCCAGCAAACUCAGUACGCUGACAGCCUGUGUCCAUGCCUCUGCAGCCCUCCUGUAUCCCAUGUACUGGCAACACAUCUAUAUUCCUACACUACCUCCACACCUCCUGGACUACUGCGGAGCACCAAUGCCUUACCUGAUCGGUGUACACAGCAGUCUGAUGGAGCAAGUCAAUGUCGGAGUUCUGGAAGAUGUAGUCAUUUUUAAUAUGGACACAAACUACCUAGAGACGCCAUUCCAAGACCUGGAAAGUCUACCUCCACAUGUGGUCUCUCUGCUGAAACUGCAACUGACUAAACACUCAGCCUUCAUGGGUGACGGGGUGUCACGGGCCUUCCUCCGAGCCCAGGCUCUGCUGUUUGGCAGCUAUAGAGAAGCCCUCAACUACAACCUGGGGGAGCCAAUCACUUUCUGCCAGGAGACUUUCCUCGACCACAAGAGCAGCUCCAUGAGAUCCUUCCUGCAGAACGCCGUCCACCUCCAGCUCUUCUCACAGUUCAUUGACACUCGGUUGGAGAAGCUGAAUUACGGAGAUGAAUUCACAGAUCUAUUUGAGCAAGAAGUUACCAAAUGUGGACUUUCAGGGGCCUCCCGGUCUUACCAGCUGUGGCUAGAAAACCUCAAGAAAGGAGGAGGGACGCUGAUCAAUAAUAUGAAGAACAGAACACAUCCUACUGUCAGGAACAUGCUAAGAUAUGCUAAGGGUCAAGCCAAGACUGGUCUGCAGGGAAUGAAGAGACGUAUUAAACACAAGGACCAACGCCAGAUCCAGCAUAUGGGCUCCUUCAAAGCAGAUGGAACUCCAACCCAAAACCACGACAGACUGCAGCACCGGCUGCCGAUCACACAGCACUUUGGGCAGUCCCGUCCCAGGAGGCCGGGGAAGAAAUAUUCAGAGUGUGACUCCUGGGAAGGUCAGAGAUUCGGUGAAGACGGUACAAGUGAAGAAGGGGACUCGGGGCUCGCUGAAGCAAAUGAUUUCCCUCUUCUCGAUGACGGCAUGGAUCUGCUGAAUGAAAUAUUUGAAACCCUGAACACGAGAGCACCUGGAAGGGAGCGCGCACUGUAUGGGGCGCACAGCCUGGACUGCUUUAGUCUGGAUGACAGCCAGUACUUUGGACAGAUUAGCGAAGAGGAUCUGCGGCUCAGCUUGAGCCACCCUAGACAUUCGGACCUCUGGUACCUGCCAGAAGUUGAUGAAGGAACUGCAGACAGCCUAGAAUCUGUAGAGGACAGUUCUUUUACUCUGGACAACAUAUCAAAUUCCUCUGAUCAUGCUUCACCCAUCUUGGAUGUGGCAGCAUUUGAUACCGUAUCAAACAACCCAGACACCACUUCUGUCACCGAGGAGGACAUCUUGUCAUCAGCGUUUGAUACCGUAUCAAACAUCCCAGACACGACUUCUGUGACCGAGGAGGACAUCUCGUCAUCAGCGUUUAAUAUCAUAUCAAACAUCCCAGGCACCACUUCUGUGACCGAGGAGGACAUCCCGUCAUCAGCGUUUAAUAUCAUAUCAAACAUCCCAGGCACCACUUCUGUCACCGAGGAGGACAUCUCGUCAUCAGAGUUUGCAGAAGUAACAUACCAAAAGCCUGAUAGCUCUUUGUCCAUCUCAGAAACAACAAUCUCCUCUUCAGAAGUUGUAUCUGCAGUGCCCCAAGUCAUUUCACAGACCUCUCCCGUCACAAGUGAGGUCAAAAUAAUUCCUCCAUGUCCAGAGCCUGAAAUUUGUCCUACCCCGAAAGAAGGAAUUAAGCAGGAGGCCGUUUUGCCAUUGCUGCCCCAGAAGGAUACAACAAUGAGAAAAGCUUUCAGUGAAACCCCACGUAUGGUAGCUGGGACCUGCGUUCGAUCAGCUGUUUCUCGUUUCCAGACCGGGACUCUGGAUCCCAGAAUGGUCUGGACAGGGACCAAGAAGGACACAGAACUAGCAGAGAAGGUCAUACCCAACCUCCGCUCCUUUAAUACCCCGAGGCCUCUAUCUCAGCAAUAUAGCAGCCCCAAACCCAACAGCCCAUUGUACCGCUUUGGCCCUGUGUUUCUUAGGAGCCAGAGUACACCCAAAUUAGAAAUACCCAAAAGCCCAAUAUCUGAUACCCCCAUACCCCUUGCUAGGGCACAUGAUGGCUUAAUGCCAGUGAGUCCCAACAGUAGUGUGGAUGAUGUAAAACAUGACAUGGCCUGCUCUCAGUUGUCUUCAGAGUUGAAGCCAUCGCAUCUGCCCAAAGUCUCCGAGCUGAAGAAAAGGUUUGAGGCGGACUCUUUACAGUAA